UGAUAAACUUCAGAACUGCUGUGUUGAUUGACAAAUUGACAUCCUUAACGUCCCUCCUCCACUAUAACCCUGCAGUCCGGGAUGUCGUCUGCUCGUCUUGUCAAGUUGGGAGUCUGACUGUGACGUCACAAUUUGCUGACGUCAUCACCCAAUCACCAUGGCGACAGGUCCGCGUGUUGCCAUCCUGCACGCAGCAGAGGAUGAGGAGUUCGUCAGGAGGCUGGUGAAGGGGCUGAUGGAUCUGCCCGGAAAUUACCGUCUACCCCAGUCAGCCAUAUUCUGUCAGCAGGUCACAGGUGCUCCUGGUGCCGUCAGCCGCGCACAGCUCACGUCCACACUGACCCUCGGCAGCGUGAAACUUGUCGUGCCCGUGAUCAGCAGACACCUGCUUGCUGACCAGUCCUCGCUCACGGUCGGACUGGAAACUGCCGUCAGGAACAACAAGCCUCGAUACGUCAUUUGGCUGGACCAGAACGAGGAUGACUUCCGUGAGUUCGGUACGUUAGUCAGCCGGCAGUACCCAACCCUGGAGGCGCCGACCAGGCGGGUCCAGCGGGACAGGGUUUGGGAGACGAUGCCCGGUAGUGCUGUCAGUGGGAUGGACGACAUCGCCUGUGAUGUGCGUGACGCGCUCUGCAGACAAACAGGUGAACAGAGGAUCCCGUGCUUGAUGGCCUUGGGCAACACUCGUGCGUUCUUGUCUGACAACAUGAACCUCCCAGCUGUUCUCACACGGCUGGAACAGGAGAACCAGCUGAGUCCGGCUAACGUCCGGAUCAUCCAGGCGGAGCCGACACCAGUAAGCCGGGCCCGCCGGUUGGUAGACAUGCUGCAGGACAGGCGGCGGCAGGAGCCGUAUGACUGGUUAGUGCGGGUCCUGCGGGAGGAAGGACAGGACUUCCUGGCGGAGGAGAUGGAGGAACGGGAGCGGGACGCGGAGCGGCUCUACGGCAUCGGGAAACAGCAGGCGGCACAACCUGGUCAACACACGGCACAGACCGAACAUUUCACACAGCAGCAAAUUCAAGCAGUACCCGUGACGAAACAACUACGUCAUCCCGGAGCGCAUGCGGACGACGCCACAACACCUUUGGAAGUCAAGGGCGUGUUUCUGGGACAGACGGAGGCAGGGAAGACCAGUCUGCUCAACUGUAUGAUAAAGGGUCAAGGUCACGUGGAGACUGAAACUGAUAGAACCAUCGGUGUUGACGUCAUCAGUUUCCAUGACACCAAGAAUAACGUCAAGUACGCGAUGUACGACUUCGGAGGUCACCAGAUCUACCACUACAUGCACCGGUUCUUCCUGACACGUCAGGCCCUGCACAUCCUCAAUGUAGACCUUCCAGCAUACAAGUCAGAAGAGUUCCAGGAACGAGUGGGAACGUGGCUAACAUCCGUGACUUCCCACGUCUUCAACCCGGCUAUCCUUGUUGUAGGAACCAAAGUUGACAUGUUUCCGGCAGACAAGGCCGAGGAGAUGAUAUCAGCAGCUUGUUCCUCCAUCCAGAGAGACAUCCAGGGCGCUGAGAGUAAAAUACAAGCCAAGCUGACAGAAGAGAUCCAACUCUGUCAGAACGCGUUGGAUGUAGUAGGCAGCACAUCAGACAUGCCCGAGCCAUUCUACGGUCUCACAAGGGACGACGUCUUGGCCAAGAAAGAGUCACUGGAGAAGUUACUGGACGGACGACCCAAAGGUCUGUUGAACGUGCAGGUUAUCCCGGUCAGCAGCAAGACGUUCCAGGGUAUUGGAGCUCUGUGCGACAAGAUGGCAAAAAUGGUGAAGGACGAGCGAUUGUUCCCUGCUGCCCGCCAAGAGCUGCCGGCUUCCUGGACAAAACUGUCAGAAAACAUCCAGGCGACAGGACGGACCCACCUUCAAGUCAGGGAUUGUCAGGACGUCGGAGCAGCUGCAGGGAUGAAGGAGUCAGACGUCCUGAACGCGCUCAGCUAUCUGCACGUGACCGGACAGAUCCUGUUCUACAACCACAUCAGGGGGAUGGAAGAUCUGGUCUUCCCGGACCCAACCAUCAUCCUCACACUCUUCAAGCAGAUCUUCAGGCAUGACCUACCGGGAUAUCUGGACAGCAUAGCUGAGUCUCUCUCUGAUUAUACCGGAGCGCAGUUUGCUGAAGACAGGGCGUCCUUCUUGAAGACGGGCAGGGCCAGCGACAGUUUCAUGAAGAACCUGCUUGGAGACAACAUUGUCACCUUCAACAGUCUCCUUCCCCUGAUGAAGCACUUCGGCCUGUGUUACUCAGGGUCGGUGAUCUUUCCAACAGAGCUUCCUGCCGCCCAGCCUGACGAGGUGGCGCACUGCUGGCCAGAGGUUGUGCCAUCAGGCGGAGAGGAGAUCUCUCUUUCUAUAGAGUACAGCCAAGAGCCUCCUCUGGGUCUACCGGAAACCAUGGUCUCCCGUAUCCUGUCCAUGGAGCAGACCACACGCCGUCUCCUCACCAAGGACACAGUUGUCGUUCAUGUUGGAGAGAACACAGAAGACGUCAUGUACCGCCAUUCCGCUACAAGAGAAGAAAUCCGGAUCCGGGGAGAGCCGGAGAAGGCGUGGCGCCGGGCUCAGACGGUAGUGAGGGAGAUAGAGGCCUGUUGGGACGAGUUUCCUGCCUUGUACUCCAGUAACAGUGUUGGAAGCGGGGAAACAGCAAAGUCCCUCCCUAUAGAGGCUGUGAGGCGUCACGUGCCUGGGGACUUGAUGAGAAUGUCCAGGGGAAGCUGGGAAGGGCCACUUCCGGUCACCAGAACACCGACAGACGUCAUCGGGAAGUACUUUAUUGACAACCGGCUGUACCAGGUCAGCAGGGCUGUUGGUGUGGAGUGGACCCGGCUGGGACAGGAGCUGGGACUGAACAGGUCCGUGUUAGACAACAUACGGGGGAAGUACCACUCCGAGGACACCCAGGAGGCGUUCCAGAUGCUGAAGGCCUGGCGCACCAAGACCCCCCACGGACCGCUCCACUACCUGCCGCAGCUGAAGGAAACACUGCAGAACAUCGGCGAACCGGACCUGGCUGUAAAGGUGGAGGGGGUGUACAAGGAAUACCGUGAUGCCUUGCCAUUACAAGAGGUCAGUCCUGAGAUGACUUUAGACAAAGACUGGUCCCUCCGCCUGCCAGGUGAAGGGAAGUACCUGUGCAGACGGACCGACCUGGGCGUGGUGACGCCCUACCCGCUGCACGUGACCUACAGGAGUGCGAACUGGUCCGACCGCUGGCCGCAGGUGGGGGAAUGGAUGCCGGUGGGUCCGCUCUUCUCCAUCCAGUGUGAGGACGUGGAGGGGCCGGUGGACAUCCUACUGCCGCACGUGCUGCACCUGGCUGAUGCAACAGGCCUGGCCGCAGAAGACCUGCAAGUGGUGCACGUGGUGGGAGAUUCCGCCGAGCUGCUGCCGGUUACAGAACUCACCCCCUCCCACGCCGUCACCAGGUUCAAGAAAGGCAGUCUGUUCGGGCUGGUGGGGAGGACAGAGAAGGUUCUGGGCAUCUCCAGGAAUGGCCUGCUGACGGCUUUUGCCUGCGAGGAUGGCUCUGACGUUUCCAGGAUGAAAGUUUACAUGGUCUCCAAUACCAGGAUCAUGCAAGAGACCCUUGCGGAAGAAGCAGAGAAGCUGCAUUUUUCACUCCGGGACUACAAGACCUGCCGGCUGUGUGCAGGUGAUAUCUACUAUCUUGAAGGACGUAUUACCAACGGCAGAGACAUGUUCGUAUCCUCAUCACCGGAGUACCUUAUGUUUGAGGACACCUUCGACAACAACAAGUUCUACGAGCCGUUCCGGGUGGAAGUCAGUGCAGACAUCUGGGACAACAGUACCACCUCGCGACUGAACCUGGAACUGCUUAAAGUGGCUACAGAUGGUGCAAAUGAACCUGUAGCAGAAAUGACGCUGGGCCGUUACAAGCGAGGUUACGGUGCUGAAGGACCAGACAGCGGCGUUUCAACUCCCACGGAGCAGCUGGUGGAGUCUGUGAGGAGACAGCUGCAAUCUUCAAACAUUGCGGGCAGAGUUUCAGUUCUGUUUGUCAGUGACGAGUACUGCACAUCGAAGGGCGGAAUCUCCACCAUCAACCUAGAUGCCGCGCGCACGCUCUCCGCCGCCGGCGCCAAGGUCUACGUUACCGUGUUGGAGGCAAGUCAACAGGAUGAGAAGGAUGCAGAACGAGACGGGGUGACACUCCUCAAACCUCAACGUGAUGCCGACAGCAACGCCAAGCCGUCCUUAGAGUGGCUGACUGUGUACCACAAACACCACUUUCCACACAUUCCAUCAGAUAUCUGCUGCAUCGUGGGCCAUGUUGACGUCACCAGCAGAGCAGCGAGGAAGAUCAAAGAGGAGCGAUUUCCUCGCUCCAAACUCGCCAUGUUCGGUCACGUGGCGCCAGAGGAGACAGAGCACUACAAGAGUGACGAGAAGGCCCUGGGUGUGGGGAGGAAGGAAGCCAGCAUCCAGGACGACCUUGGCAAGGCUAAUGUCGUCUUCUCGGUAGGAGCGCGCAUUCAUCGCCACUUCAACCAGUUUCUCCGUCGGCAUAACGUGGAUCACCACAUCUUCCUACCUGAGCCUUCCGAGGUUUUCAGUCGCGCAGCAGUGAGCUUUUGUGAAGAAGAUGGCGUCCGAAAGCCAGAGAGAGUGAUUCUGUCCAUCGGCAGGGUGCGGAAUGUGGAGAGGCUGAAAGGGCACGACCUGGCGGCUGGAGGCGUAGACAAGGCGGCACUGCGGCUUGACCAUCUGUACACACUGAGGCUGAGAGUCCGCGGCAUCGAUGAGAACGACUUCAAGGAGAGCAAGAGAAUCCUGGAUGAGAAGCUGAGAUCCGGACGGGUCAAACCCACCCUUCUCCCGUACGGCACUCAGGAGGAGAUCCGCCGAGACAUGGAGAACUGUCACCUGGUCCUGAUGCCGUCCCGGGCCGAACCGUUCGGACUGGUCGGUCUGGAGGCCAUCGCGGCAGGAGUUCCCGUCCUCAUCUCGGAGCACUCGGGACUUGCAGAGCUGAUAGAGGAGCUAUCAGAUAGGCUGGGGCAGCCCAAGUUCCGCCACUGUAUCGUCAAGAUGAAGGGAAACGAUGCAACCACUGAUGAAGAGAAGUGGGCAGAAAGAAUCGAGGAUGUCAUCAAGAACGCCAGGUCAGAGUUCGCGGAAGCACGCGCCUUCAAGGAGAAACUGCUGGCCUCCAAGUACUGGGAAGAGUCUCACCAGAAGUUCCUACAGGCCUGCGGCAUCACUGGUCCGCGUGUUGCCAUCCUGCACGCAGCAGAGGAUGGGGAGUUCGUCAGGUGGUUGGUGGGGGAGCUGAAGAGUCUGAACCCGGAGUAUUACCGUCUACCCCGGACAGCCAUAUUCUGUCAGCAGGUCACAGGUGAUCCUGAUGCCGUCAGCCGCGCACAGCUCACGUCCACACUGACCCUCGGCAGCGUGAAACUUGUCGUGCCCGUGAUCAGCAGACACCUGCUUGCUGACCAGUCCUCGCUCACGGUCGGACUGGAAACUGCCGUCAGGAACAACAAGCCUCGAUACGUCAUUUGGCUGGACCGGAACGAGGAUGACUUCCGUGAGUUCGGUACGUUAGUCAGCCGGCAGUACCCAACCCUGGAGGCGCCGGCCUGGCGGGUCCAGCGGUACAGGGUUGAGGAGACGAUGCCCGGCAGUGAUGUCAGUUGGAUGAAAGGCAUCGCCUGGGAUGCGGAGCCGACACCAGUAAGCCGGGCCAAACGGUUGGUAGACAUGCUGCGGAACAGGCGGCGGCAGGAGCCGUACGACUGGUUAGUGCGGGUUCUGCGGGAGGAAGGACAGGACUUCCUGGUGGAGGAGAUGGAGGAAGGGGAGCGGUUUGAGGAGCGGUUCUACGGCAUCGGGAAACAGCAGGCGGCACAACCUGGUCAACAAACGGCACUGUCGGGAUAUUUCACACCGCAGCAAAGUCAAGCAACCGCGAUGAAACAGCUACGUCAUCCCGGAGCGCAUGCGGACGACGCCACACCUUUGGAAGUCAAGGGCGUGUUUCUGGGACAGACGGAGGCAGGGAAGACCAGUCUGAUCAACUGUAUGAUAAAGGGUCAAGGUCACGUGGAGACUCAAACUGACAGAACCAUCGGUGUUGACGUCAUCAGUUUCCAUGACAACAAGAAUAAUGUCAAGUACGCGAUGUACGACUUCGGAGGUCACCAGAUCUACCACUACACGCACCGGUUCUUCCUGACACGUCAGGCCCUGCACAUCCUCAAUGUAGACCUGCCAGCAUACAAGUCAGAAGAGUUCCAGGAACGAGUGGGAACGUGGCUAACAUCCGUGACUUCCCACGUCUUCAACCCGGCUAUCCUUGUUCUAGGAACCAAAGUUGACAACUUUCCGCCAGACAAGGCCGAGGAGAUGAUAGCAGCAGCUUGUUCCUCCAUCCAGAGAGACAUCCAGUGCGCUGAGAGUAAAAUACAAGCCAAGCUGAAAGAAGAGAUUCAACUCUGUCAGAACGCGGUGGAUGCAGUGGACAUCAGAUCAGACAUGUCCGAGCCAUUCUACGGUCUCACAAGGGAUGACAUCUUGGCUAAGAAAGAGUCACUGGAGAAGGUACUGGACGGACGACCCAAAGGUCUGUUGAACGUACAGGUUAUCCCGGUCAGCAGCAAGACGUUCCAGGGUAUCGGAGCUCUGUGCGACAAGAUGGCAGAAAUGGUGAAGGACGAGCGAUUGUUCCCUGCUGCCCGCCAAGAGAUGCCGACUUCCUGGACAAAACUGUCAGAAAACAUCCAGGCGACAGGACGGACCCACCUUCAAGUCAGGGAUUGUCAGGACGUCGGAGCAGCUGCAGGGAUGAAGGAGUCAGACGUCCUGAACGCGCUCAGCUAUCUGCACGUGACCGGACAGAUCCUGUUCUACAACCACAUCAGAGGGAUGGAAGAUCUGGUCUUCCCGGACCCAACCAUCAUCCUCACACUCUUCAAGCAGAUCUUCAGGCAUGACCUACCGGGAUAUCUGGACAGUAUAGCUGAGUCUCUGUCUGAGCACACCAGAUCGCAGUUUGCUGAAGACAGGGCGUCCUUCUUUAAGACGGGCAGGGCCAGCGACAGUUUCAUGAAGAACUUGCUUGGAGACAACGUUGUCACCUUCAAUAGUCUCCUUCCCCUGAUGAAGCACUUCGGCCUGUGUUACUCAGGGUCGGUGAUCUUUCCAACAGAGCUUCCUGACGCCCAGCCUGACGAGGUGGCGCACUGCUGGCCAGAGGUUGUGCCAUCAGGCGGAGAGGAGAUCUCUCUUGCUAUAGAGUACAGCCAAGAGCCUCCUCUGGGUCUACCGGAAACCAUGGUCUCUCGUAUCCUGUCCAUGGAGCAGACCACACGCCGUCUUCUCACCAAGGACACAGUUGUCGUUCAUGUUGGAGAGAACCCAGAAGACGUCAUGUACCGCCAUUCCGCUACAAGAGAAGAAAUCCGGAUCCGGGGAGAGCCGGAGAAGGCGUGGCGCCGGGCUCAGACGGUAGUGAGGGAGAUAGAGGCCUGUUGGGACGAGUUUCCUGCCUUGUACUCCAGUAACAGUGUUGGAAGCGGGGAAACAGCAAAGUCCCUCCCUAUAGAGGCUGUGAGGCGUCACGUGCCGGGGGACUUGAUGAGAAUGUCCAGGGGAAGCUGGGAAGGGCCACUUCCGGUCACCAGAACACCGACAGACGUCAUCGGCAAGUACUUUAUUGACAACCGGCUGUACCCGGUCAGCAGGGCUGUUGGUAAGGAGUGGACCCGGCUGGGACAGGAGCUGGGACUGAACAGGUCCGUGUUGGACAACAUAGAGGGAAGAAACUAUCAUAAUUACCCUCAGGAUGCGUUCCAGAUGCUGAAGGCCUGGCGCACCAAGACCCCCCACGGACCGCUCCACUACCUGCCGCAGCUGGAGGAAACACUGCAGAACAUCGGCAAACCGGGCCUGGCUAAAGACGUACAGGGGAUGUACAAGGAAUACCGUGAUGCCUUGCCGUUACAAGUGGUCAGUCCUGAGAUGACGGGAGACACAGACUGGUCCCUCCGCCUGCCAGGUGAAGGGAAGUACCUGUGCAGACGGACCGACCUGGGCGUGGUGACGCCCUACCCGCUGCACGUGACCUACAGGAGUGCGAACUGGUCCGACAACUGGCAGCAGGAUGAGGGAUGGAUGGCGGUGGGUCCGCUCUUCUCCAUCCAGUGUGAGGACGUGGAGGGGCCGGUGGACAUCCUACUGCCGCACGUGCUGCACAUGACAGACGAUGCUGAACUAGAUGUAGCAAACCUGCGGGUUGUGCACGUUGUCGGCGGUGAAGUCGAACUUCUACCCGUCUCUGAGAUCACUUCAACCCACAUCAGCACCAGGUUCAGAAAGGGCAGCCAGUUUGGUCCUGUGAUGAAACAGAUUGUCGCCAGGUUCUACCCAAGGAAUGGUCUUUGCGUUGUGUUCGGACCACGAGAUUUCGUGCCAGAAUGCCAAUUCCAUGUCUACAUCGCGUCUAAUGCCAUGGUAGCUCUUCAGACUCUGCAGGAUCUGGAAGCUUUAGAUGGGUACAUCAGGUGGGACCAGGACCAGUGCGUGUUGCAGACAGGGGAGUUGUACCGUCUAGAGGUGUCCGUCAGAUCUCGAAACGGAGAUGACAUGAAAAUGCCUACAAAUCCUGAGGGUCUCGUUUUCUACGACACACUGGAGAGGGACAAGUUCUACAAGAAGUUCCGGGUGGAAAUCGACACCAGAAACCUGAGGUCAGGGAAGAGGCAGCAGCCGACGUUCAAGAUGCUGCUGACGAACGCUGCCGGGACGACGGUUUGUGAGUUCAUCACCACCAAAGCCUCAGGACGAGGAUCGCAGUUUCCGGACACGGACAGCGGUGAGAGCGACAGCGGGCUGUCCUCUGAGCCUGCGGGCACGGCGUUUUGGGGAGUCGACGUUCAUCAACCAGGCAGCUCAGGAAGACGUGCGCUGAGAGGUGAGUCAGAUGCUCCGGGUUUUGCUACCCAAGAAGAGAGCGGACGUGCCGGAGGGGCUGCCGCUCGUCCUCAGAGGAAGAGGAGGUCCAGCCGGACACGGGCGGGAGAGAGUGGGUCAGGAAAGAAAGGCAAAAAGAUGAAAAGUACUGACCAGGGACGCACAGACGUGUCCCUUGCGAUAAGGACAAAGGGAAGCUCCACAGUCAGCGUUUUAGUACUCUUGGUCAGCACCGAGUACGGCACGUCGAAGGGCGGAAUCUCCACCAUCAACCUAGAUGCCGCGCGCAAGCUCGCCGCCGCCGGCGCCAGGGUCUACGUUACCGUGUUGGAGGCAAGUGAACAGGACGAGAGGGAUGCAGAACGAGACGGAGUGACACUCCUCAAACCUCGCCUUGAUGCCGACAGCAGCGCCAAGCCGUCCUUAGAGUGGCUGACUGUGUACCACAGUGUCCACUUCCCACACAUUCCAUCAGAUAUCUGCUGCAUCGUGGGUCAUGUUGACGUCACCAGCAGAGCAGCGAGGAAGAUUAAAGAAGAGCGAUUUCCACGCGCCAAACUCGCCAUGUUCGGUCACGUGGCACCAGAGGAGACAGAGCACUACAAGAGUGACGAGAAGGCCCUGGGUGUGGGGAGGAAGGAAGCCAGCAUCCAGGACGACAUUGGCAAGGCUGAUGUCGUCUUCUCGGUAGGAGCGCGCAUUCACCGCCACUUCAACCAGUUUCUCCGUCGGCAAAAUGUGGAUCACCACAUCUUCCUACCGGAGCCUUCAAAGGUGUUCAGUCGCGCAGCAGUGAGCUUUGGCGAAGAAGGUGGCGCCCGAAAGCCAGAGAGAGUGAUUCUGUCCAUCGGCAGGGUGCGAAAUGUGGAGAGGCUGAAAGGGCACGACCUGGCGGCUGGAGGCGUAGACAAGGCGGCACUGCGGCUUGACCAUCUGCACACACUGAGGCUGAGAGUCCGCGGCAUCGAUGAGAACGACUUCAAGGAGAGCAAGAGAAUCCUGGAUGAGAAGCUGAGAUCCGGACGGGUCAAACCCACCCUUCUCCCGUACGGCACUCAGGAGGAGAUCCGCCGAGACAUGGAGAACUGUCACCUGGUCCUGAUGCCGUCCCGGGCCGAACCGUUCGGACUGGUCGGCCUGGAGGCCAUCGCGGCAGGAGUUCCCGUCCUCAUCUCGGAGCACUCGGGCCUUGCAGAGCUGGUGGAGCAACUGGCGAAGAAGUAUCAGCCCACAUUCCGCCACUGCAUCGUCAAGAUGAAGGGAGACACCGCGACCGACGCUGAUGCAGACAAGUGGGCAGAAAAGAUUGAAGGUGUCAUUGAGAAUGUUGAGGCAGAGUUCGAGGAAGCACGCGCCUUCAGAGAGAAACUGCUGACCUCCAAGUACUGGGAAGAGUCUCACCAGAAGUUCCUACAGGCCUGCGGCAUCACUGGUCCGCGUGUUGCCAUCCUGCACGCAGCAGAGGACGAGGAGUUCGUCAGGAGGCUGGUGGAGAGGCUGAUGGGUCUGGGCGAGUAUUACAAUCUACCCCAGGAAGCCAUAUCCUGUCAGCAGGUCACAGGUGCUCCUGAUGCCAUCAGCCGCGCACAGCUCACGUCCACACUGACCCUCGGCAGCGUGAAACUUGUCGUGCCCGUGAUCAGCAGACACCUGCUUGCUGACCAGUCCUCGCUCACGGUCAGACUGGAAACUGCCGUCAGGAACAACAAGCCUCGAUACGUCAUUUGGCUGGACCAGAACGAGGAUGACUUCCGUGAGUUCGGUACGUUAGUCAGCCGGCAGUACCCAACCCUGGAGGCGCCGGCCAGGCGGGUCCAGCGGGACAGGGUUGAGGAGACGAUGCCCGGCAGUGGUGUCAAGGGGAUGAUAGGGAUCGCCUUGGAUGUGCGUGACGCGCUCUGCAGACAAACAGGUGAACUGAGGUUCCCGUGCCGGUGGGCCCUGGGCGACACUCGUGCGUUCCUGUCUGACAACAUGAACCUCCCUGCUGUUCUCUCACGGCUGGAACAGGAGAACCAGCUGAGUCCGGCUGACGUCCGGUCUGUCCAGACGAAGCCGACACCAGCAAGCCGGGCCGAGCGGUUGGUAGCCAUGCUGCUGUAUGACAGGAGGCGUCAGGAGCCGUACAACUGGUUAGUGCGGGUCCUGCGGGAGGAAGGACAGGACUUCCUGGCGGAGGAGAUGGAGGAACAGGAGCGGGACGCGGAGCGGUUCUGCGGCAUCGGGAAACAGCAGGCGGCACAACCUGGUCAACAAACGGCACAGACGGGACCUUUCACACAGCAGCAAAGUCAAGCAACCGCGAUGAAACAGCUACGUCAUCCCGGAGCGCAUGCGGACGACACCACAACACCUUUGGAAGUCAAAGGCGUGUUCCUGGGACAGACGGAGGCAGGGAAGACCAGUCUGCUCAACUGUAUGAUAAAGGGUCAAGGUCACGUGGAGACUGAAACUGACAGAACCAUCGGUGUAGACGUCAUCCGUUUCCAUGACACCAAGAAUAACGUCAAGUACGCGAUGUACGACUUCGGAGGUCACCAGAUCUACCACUACACGCACCGGUUCUUCCUGACACGUCAGGCCCUGCACAUCCUCAAUGUAGACCUGCCAGCAUACAAGUCAGAAGAGUUCCAGGAACGAGUGGGAACGUGGCUAACAUCCGUGACUUCCCACGUCUUCAACCCGGCUAUCCUUGUUGUAGGAACCAAAGUUGACAUGUUUCCGCCAGACAAGGCCGAGGAGAUGAUAGAAGCAGCUUGUUCCUCCAUCCAGAGAGACAUCCAGGGCGCUGAGAGUAAAAUACAAGCCAAGCUGAAAGAAGAGAUCCAACUCUGUCAGAACGCGGUAGAUGCAGUGGACAGCGGAUCAGACAUGCCCGAGCCAUUCUACGGUCUCACAAGGGACGACAUAUUGGUCAAGGAAGAGUCACUGGAGAAGUUACUGGACGGACGACCCAAAGGUCUGUUGAACGUACAGGUUAUCCCGGUCAGCAGCAAGACGUUCCAGGGUAUCGGAGCUCUGUGCGACAAGAUGGCAGAAAUGGUGAAGGACGAGCGAUUGUUCCCUGCUGCCCGCCAAGAGCUGCCGACUUCCUGGACAAAACUGUCAGAAAACAUCCAGGCGACAGGGCGGACCCACCUUCAAGUCAGGGAUUGUCAGGACGUCGGAGCAGCUGCAGGGAUGAAGGAGUCAGACGUCCUGAACGCGCUCAGCUAUCUGCACGUGACCGGACAGAUCCUGUUCUACAAACACAUCAGGGGGAUGGAAGAGCUGGUCUUCCCGGACCCAACCAUCAUCCUCACACUCUUCAAGCAGAUCUUCAGGCAUGACCUACCGGCAUAUCUGGACAGCAUAGCCGAAUCUCUGUCUGAGCAUACCAGAGCGCAGUUUGCUGAAGACAGGGCGUCCUUCUUGAAGACGGGCAGGGCCAGCGACAGUUUCAUGAAGAACCUGCUUGGAGACAACAUUGUCACCUUCAACAGUCUCCUUCCCCUGAUGAAGCACUUUGGCCUGUGUUACUCAGGGUCGGUGAUCUUUCCAACAGAGCUUCCUGCCGCCCAGCCUGACGAGGUGGCGCACUGCUGGCCAGAGGUUGUGCCAUCAGGCGGAGAGGAGAUCUCUCUUACUAUAGAGUACAGCCAAGAGCCUCCUCUGGGUCUACCGGAAACCAUGGUCUCCCGUAUCCUGUCCAUGGAGCAGACCACACGCCGUCUCCUCGCCAAGGACACAGUUGUCGUUCAUGUUGGAGAGAACUCAGAAGACGUCAUGUACCGCCAUUCCGCUACAAGAGAAGAAAUCCGCAUCCGGGGAGAGCCGGAGAAGGCGUGGCGCCGGGCUCAGACGGUAGUGAGGGAGAUAGAGGCCUGUUGGGACGAGUUUCCUGCCUUGUACUCCAGUAACAGUGUUGGAAGCGGGGAAACAGCAAAGACCCUCCCUAUAGAGGCUGUGAGGCGUCACGUGCCGGGGGACUUGAUGAGAAUGUCCAGGGGAAGCUGGGAAGGGCCACCUCCGGUCACCAGAAAACCGACAGACGUCAUUGGCAAGUACUUCAUUGACAACCGGCUGUACCAGGUCAGCUGGGCUGUUGGUGAGGAGUGGCAGCUGUGGACCCGGCUGGGACAGGAGCUGGGACUGAACAGGUCCGUGUUGGAUAACAUACAGGGGAGCACAUCUACCCAGAAGGCGUUCCAGAUGCUGAAGGCCUGGCGCACCAAGACCCCCCACGGACCGCUCCACUACCUGCCGCAGCUGGAGGAAACACUGCAGAACAUCGGCAAACCGGACCUGGCUAAAGACGUACAGGGGGUGUACAAGGAAUACCGCGAUGCCUUGCCGUUACAAGAGGUCAGUCCUGAGAUGACCGGAGACACAGACUGGUCCCUCCGCCUGCCAGGUGAAGGGAAGUACCUGUGCAGACGGACCGACCUGGGCGUGGUGACGCCCUACCCGCUGCACGUGACAUACAGGAGUGCGAACUGGUCCGACCGCUGGCCGCAGGUGGGGGAAUGGAUGCCGGUGGGUCCGCUCUUCUCCAUCCAGUGUGAGGACGCGGAGGGGCCGGUGGACAUCCUACUGCCGCACGUGCUGCACCUGACUGAUGCAACAGGCCUGGCCUCAGAAGACCUGCAAGUGGUGCACGUGGUGGGAGAUUCCGUCGAGCUGCUGCCGGUUACAGAACUCACCCCCUCCCACGCCGUCACCAGGUUCAAGAAAGGCAGUCUGUUCGGGAUUGUGGGGAGGACAGAGAAGGUCCUGAGUGUUUCUAGGAAUGGACUACUGAUGGCCUUUGCAUCUUUAAAGGACUUCAAAAUUUCCAAGCUGAAAGUUUACAUCGUCUCCAACACUAAUACCGUGCAAGAGGCCCUUGAGAAGAAUGAGAACAAGUGGAACUUCGCGCCCUGCGACUACAAGACCUGCCAACUGAAGCCAGGCGAACUCUACCACCUAGAGGGGACUGUAACAAAUGGUGAAGACAUGUUUUUGUCUUCAUCUCCGGAGCGUCUCAUGUUUGAGGACACCUUCGACACUAACAAACUCUACGAGCCGUUCCGGGUGGAAGUCAGUGCAGACAUCUGGGACAACAGCACCACCUCGCGACUCAACCUGGAACUGCUGAAGGAGGUUAAAGAUGGUGGAAAGGAACCUGUGGCAGAACUGACGUUGGGCCAUUACAAGCGAGCUUACAGUGCUGAAGGACCAGACAGCGGCGUUUCAACUCCCACGGAGCAGCUGGUGGAGUCUGUGAGAAGACAGCUGGAAUCUUCAAACAUUGCAGGUAUUGUCUGA